GCAGGCGAGAGUAGGCACGACCGGGUGGGUGCGGGCUUGCUCGUGGGGGUGGCGGAGGUGGUAGGCGGCGGCGAGAUUGUGGGCUGAAGUUUUAGCAGUAAUUUAUUAACAGAGAAUAAAAAAAAGAGUUAUUGGGCGUGGGAGAGAUGACCGCCGAACUACAGUGUGAAAAUGAAGAAAGCGCGGAAAAGACGCAACAGUUCCUAAUUAACCAGCUGCGGGAAAUCACAGGAACACAAGACAUCCGAAUUUUGCAAAAAACACUGAAGGCCAGUAAUUGGGAUGUAAGUCAAGCCAUCAGCCUUCUUACUGCCCAGGAGCCAGAGACCGAGGUCACUGCAGUAGAACCAUCAGCCACAGAAGGAAGUGCAGUUGGUAGAGAUGUGGAGAAAAACAGCAAUGAUGUUACUCAUAACGAUAAUGAUGAUCUUCAGGCUGCCAUACAACUGAGUUUACAAGAGUCUUGCUGUGCUCAAGUGGAAGAAAGAGACUUAAACAGAGCUUUGGAAGCCAGUGUUGCUGAGAGCAAGGCUUGUGUAAAGCGGAAAAGGUGUGAAGCUUGGGGAGAUAAUUCUUUGAACCCUACUGAUUGGAUUAGGCAAAAUGACUGGCCAGUGGGGAUGAAGAAUGUUGGAAACACAUGCUGGUUCAGUGCUGUUAUACAGUCCCUGUUUCACUUGCCACAAUUCCGAAAACUGGUCUUGAAUUACAGUGUUCCUCAAAGCAUCUUGGAAAACUGCAAAAACCAGAGGGUGAAGAGAAACAUUGCUUUCAUGCAGGAGCUUCGGUGUCUCUUUGCCCUCAUGGUUGGUACUAAUCGAAAGUUUGUAGAUCCUUCUGCCGCUGUUGAGUUGCUGAAAGAUGCUUUUCGCACAACUGAAGCCCAGCAGGAUGUUAGUGAGUUCACCCACAAACUCCUAGACUGGCUAGAAGAUGCCUUCCAGUUGACAGCUGAUGGAAAUAACCCAGCCGGAAAACAGGAAAACCCAAUGGUCCAACUUUUUUACGGCACCUUCUUGGCAGAACGAAUACAUAAUGGUAAAACCCUGUCCAAUAUUGAACGUUUCGGACAGUAUCCUUUGCAGGUAAAUGGUUUUGACAGCUUACAUGAAUGCCUGGAAGGUGCCAUGGUUGAAGGAGAGAUUGAGGCCUUGCAUUCAGAUCAGACCAUCCAUUCCAGCCAAGAGCGCUGGUUUUCAAAAUUGCCUCCUGUUUUGACAUUUGAACUUUCACGUUUUGAGUUCAACCAGUCGCUUGGGCGACCAGAGAAGAUUCAUAAAAAACUGGAGUUUCCACAAGUCAUUUAUAUGGACAGGUAUCUUCAUAAAAACAUGGAACUGACACAUACCAAGAGAAAGGAAGUUAAGACGUUGAAAGAACAAAUGAUUUUUCUUCAAAAGAGAUUAGAAAGCUACCUAAGCUAUGGCUCAGGACCAACAAAGUAUCCAUUGGCUGACAUGUUGCAGUAUGUCUUGGAGUUUGCUUCCACACAGCCCACUAAUCUCCCACCCACUCAAAACAUCAGAAUUGCUGCCCCGCCACAGAAUGAAACCAUCACCUUAGCUACAGAAACACCGCUGGAGCUAACCAGCCUUGCAGAAACUGAAACCUUGACGUCACAAGUGGAUAAUCAGGUGACAUCUCCAGCAUGCCAGAGAAUACCAGGUUUCAAGCCUUUUACGCAUUGCAACACAACCACGGAUGCCCCUCCUUACCCAGCCCCUCAUAGUGUGACUGAGGAAGAGCUAAUCUUCAUCAAAAGCUGCUUGCAGCGCUGGCGAAGAGAGGUGGAACAGAACAUACAAGAGUUGAAAGACAAUAUUGAAACAAUCAAAAACACAUUAGAAAACAUAUAUUCAGAUGACCAGUUUUGCCAGGUCCCAUAUAGACUCCAUGCUAUCCUUGUUCAUGAGGGUCAAGCUUCAGCAGGACAUUACUGGGCAUAUAUUUUUGACCAUGAGGCCAAACGCUGGCUAAAAUAUAAUGACAUCUCUGUUACUGAGUCUUCUUGGGACGAACUAGAGAGAGACUCCUUUGGUGGAAUGAAGAAUGCUAGCGCAUAUUGCCUCAUGUACAUAGAUGAUAAUUUACCAAACCUCAUAGCAGAGGAGACAGAUGUUGAGACAGGGCAAGUGCUAAAAGGACUAGACUCCUUGCCUGCUGUUCUUCGGCGUUAUGUGUGGGAGGAUAACCAUUGGUUUCAGCAGGAAGUGGAAGAGUGGAAUGAAGAACAGUUUCGGAAAGUUCCACAGAAAGAACAUCCUGUGAGCAUGACAGCUGAAAGCCAGGAAACUACUCAGUCAGUAAACACCUCUGAAGAUCUGACUGUUCAACAAACCCAUCGGUCUUUGUCAGAAGAACAUGCUGGUAUUUCAAAGGAGCAGACUGCCCAGGCCAUUGCUAAUACUGCUGAGUGCUAUGAAAAAAAUGGUGUUGAAGCUGCACUUACAGAGCAGUCAGAAUCAGAAUCCAAGAACAGCUCUGGGGAGGCAGGAAUGACAUCUGACUCUCUAAGCGAGACAACAGAGAUUCAGGAGCAGUCAAGCAAAACAGAUGAAAGACCGGCUGAAAGCCAGGUCUCAGAGGUGGAGAUUCCAAAUGUGGGCAAGAUUCUAGUUCGCUCUGAUGGAGAUGGUUAUAAUGAGGAGAUGAUGCUAACUCCAGCUAUGCAAGGAGUCAUCUUGGCCAUAGCAAAAGCCAGACAGGUCUAUGACAAAGAUGGACCUGAAGCUGCACUCAUAAAGGCUUUUCAUGAAGAAUAUUCACGGCUAUACCUUCUGGCUCAGGAACACGCAACACCACAGAAUGACCCUCGGUUACAGCAUGUUUUAGUCUACCUCUUUCAGAACAAUGCACCCAAGCGUAUCAUAGAGAGAACGCUGUUAGAACAGUUUGCUGACAGAAAUCUUAGUUAUGAUGAAAGGUCUAUUAGCAUAAUGAAAGAGGCUCGUGCCAAACUACGUUUGAUUGGACCAGAAGACAUGGAUAUGGAUGAGUACAGGAAAUGGCAUGAAGACUACAGUCUUUUUCGUAAAGUAUUUGUGUAUCUUCUAACAGGACUUGAGCAAUACCAGAAUGGAAAAAUUUCAGAAGCUGUCACUUACCUAGUAUAUGCUUACCAGAACAACACAACAUUGCUGAUGAAUGGAAGUACUAGAGGAGUGGAGGAAAAACUGAUUGCACUUUAUAGGAGGAGAUGUUUGAAGGAGCUUAAUGAGAAUGCUGCCAGGCUCUUUGACUGUGGAGAGGAGACUGAUGUAGCAGAAUGCAUGAGAAUUAUGAAUGAUAUAGUGAUUCCUUGCAUGCACUUGAUGAUCACCAAUGACAUCUGUAAAGAAGAUCUAGAUGCUAUUGAGACUCUGAGGAACCGCUGGUGUUCUUAUCUCGGACAGGACAUAGAUGCUGCUCUACAAGAAAAAUUAGGAGAAUUUUUACCAAGACUAUUGGACUGUUCUGCUGAAAUCAUUGUACUUAAAGAACCUCCAAAGAUAAGGCCACAUUCAUCUCAUGAUCUUUGCAGUCGAUUUGCUGCAGUAAUGGAAUCAAUCCAUGGAGUAACACCAGUGACUGUGAAAUAAGACUUCACAAGCUCCAAACCCACAACUGUUGCUUAUCCAGGGGGUUCAGGUUAGAUGUUUGAAUGUCUCCAAAUGCAAGAACAAAAUAUUUUAAGGCAGUUAUUCAAUAUUCACUGAUUCACAGUUGUGCCUUACAUUGCAAUUUUCCCCUUGGGUUUUGAGGUCCUAAGUAUGUUUAGAGAUUUUUUUUUUUUUUUUUUAACAUAAGACUAAAACUGGUCUUGGAUAAAUGUAUUGUGGCAGCAUGGUGUAGUCUACGACUCAACAUGGUGAGGCACAACAACAUGAAAUACUGCAUCCUUCCCCCAUAUUGAUUGCCAAACAACAUUCCGCCAGAAGAUGAAGGCAUUGAUAUUGCAUUGAGAGGCUUGUACUCUGUGGAAAAGUUUGUUUGCCAGAGGUGAUUUCAAAUGUUAUCUGUGUCCCAACUAAAAAGUACAACAGAGCUGUUGUCAGAAGGUGCUUGUGAGAAUCAGAUUGCUGGGUGCAGUAUGUGAAAUCUUUGCUAUCAACAUGUUAAAAUUACAGAAUACAUUUUUUGUUAUCAUUGGUUAACUAUGAAAGAGGCAAUGGACAGUUUGUCAUUAACUUAACAUAUCCCGACUCAUAAUAAUGUACAAUAUAAGGUUAGAUUAUUGCAGCUUAUUGAGGACUAGAGCAAGUAAACAUACUGAUUACAAAAAAUGCACAGGUUUGAAUAGUACCUUGCAAUAGAUUAUCUUGGUACUCCAAAAGCAAAAUUAUUUUCUUAUGUUAACGUGCACUGUAUAUAUCCUGUCAACCCUGUCCUAACAUUAGAACCACAUCUUCUUCAUAUCAAUAGCCAAUUGUGGUAUUUCGGCAUGUAGUUAGGAUGCUGCCCUUGGCCUCUUCCAGAUGGAAUGUGUGCCAUUCAUUAUUCACAGGGAGAAGACCCAAGGGAAACUCCAGGACCUAGUAGAGGGAUUCUAUAUCUUGAUUAGCCUGGAAAUGUCUGGAAAUUAUCCAGGAAAAUCUGGAAAACGUUGCUGAGAAUAAAGUGGCCUGGUUUAUCCAAGGUGGGAUGUUUCCGCCAUAACCCUUACCAGGAAAAGUCAAUGAUGGUCAUCAUCAACAUCAUUUCACAUAUGUGAUCUUGUGUUGAGAUGAUUUUUUUUUUAUACUGCCAAUGUAGUGUGGAAAUCUUAUUCAUUUUAGUAUCAAGGCAUUGGCAUCAAGAACAAAGUAAAAAAAAAAAAAGUCCUGAUUUGAAUUCAUUUCCUAAAAGUCCCGUUAUUUGUUUUAAAGAUCUGUGCUGGUUAAUUUACUAUACUGACCUUGGACCUCUCUGGUUCUGUGCAUGCUUAACAUUAUUUCUUCUUGUUUUUUUUUUCCUCUCAUAAUUUAUCUAGACUGUAAUUUUUUAAUGUUCAAAUUUGACAUUUCAUUACACUUGGUGAAUUUUGGUUUUCGCUUGGGAUAUGGGUGCAGGCAUUACAGGCAUUUGUGUGUGACAUCAUAUAUUUAAGAACAAGCCCCACAUUCACAUAUUGUCUGACAUUUGUAAAAAGGGAAGGUUAUUUAAAUCAGUACAGUCAAUUUCUAGAGUUUAUUCUAUUCUAAAGAGUUUCAUAAAAUUCUUCAUUCACCAUUCUGUUUUCUGCAUUUUGCAUUACCCAUUCCAGUUUGAAGACAAAUUUAGUUGUUUUAAUUCCAAAUUCUGAUCCAGUCAAGCUACUUUGUCCUUGUUUCACAUCCUGUUUUUUAAUUUUUUUAAUUUUUUUUGUUUUCCACUGAAAUAAAAAAAACAAUCAGUGUUUCUUUUAAAAGAAUAAAUAGAAUGGUUCGAUUAUGUCAGGACAGACCAUUGCCUACCUUGAUCUACUAAAAUGUUUUUCUAGGUUAAUGGCACAAUCCGAAUUUUCAGCCUUAUGGUCUCUUAGAGAAUGUUACAUGUUUCAUGUUUUUAAAGCAGCCCCAUAGCUGUAAAAUAUUACACUACAUACACAAUAUAAUUUGAAACACUUCUAGAAAGUGUUGUCAGCUUAUGUUAUAUAUGCAAAUGUAAGAAUUAAAUGAUUUUGAAAACUAUAAAUGAGAGUUAACAGAUUUCAGCUGUAAUACUCCAUCAGGUGACACACAGGUGAUUAAGAUUAGUGAAAUUUUAGCAGUUUUAGCUUGAAAUCAACUUAAAUUUUUAUUCUUAACUACAUAAUAUCAACUUCAACUGAGUUAAUUUUAAGUCAUGACUUGACAUAUGGCAAUUUUCUUAUACUGUGUUUGUCAUUUCUUACCAUCAUUAUAUGGCCCUGGAGUACUUAUUGAAGUAUAAACAACAAAUACAUGCUGCUUGAAUAGCUAUAAAGGAUAAUUAAAAAUAUUAUUUGGGAAAAAUAGUAUAGAAAUCAGAGAUUUUCCAGAUAUGCACAAUAUUUUAUUAAUAGCAGAUUGUUAAAAUUAUGGCAUACUGUGGAAUUGUGUUUUUUUUACAUUUCUCUAUGAUAUAAAAUCAAAGACUGGAUUUUUAAUAGGAAAAUAUUAACCAUCUGGCAGUUUCAGGAACAUCAUGGUGCUUCCUGGUAGACAGACAAGUUCUUAAUUUUAUGGUGGGAAUGGUUAUUCUCAGCAGGACAAUGUAAGCCACAUUAAAAAUAUGUAACACUACAGUGUAUUUCUCAGAGUAUAACUGCAUGAGCAACUAUAGUUUGAUUUUCUUAUUUUGUGUCAAUUUAAAUGUACUGACUACUUUAAAGUAACAUCUGUUCAAUUGCAAAGAAGAUACUCUUGGAAACAACAAGAAAUUACUCUUGACUUGUUAUCACCAACUGUUUGUGUACAUUUUUGUUGUGGAGCUAAAAACUAAUGCCAAAUUAUUCAUUGACAAAUUUAUUUCUGAUUUCUUAGUCAGUAUCUUCAAUAUUUUUAAGCAGAACUUUUGAAGAAAUAUGUUACCUACUCAUUCAGGUCUACAGUAAAAUAUAUAGUUUGUUUCCUACUUCCAAUCGGUGUAUCUGCUGUGGUCAUAUGGAGGUGCAUUAACUGAAUCAUACUCUUCUCCUCUCCUUUACAGAUGUGGUGUAUAGGUUUGAGAUACGUCCUAGUUAGUUUGAGGUCAACAUAGUUUUUUCAUUCAUGUCCAGGUAGACAUAUGCAAUCAUAUUUAAGAGGCCUUAAACCUUGAUGGUUGUUGCACUUCUAUAUAUAUAUAUAUAUAUAUAUAUAUAUAUAUAUAUAUAUAUAUAUAUUCAAUUUUCUCACAUGUGCACAAUUAAUCAAUUUUUAUUAAUCUGUCUACCAUCAAACAGUCUUGAUAUAAAUAGCUGAUUAAAAAAGGAAAACAAUAGUUAAUGGUUGUAUGUGAUAGACACAUGCUAUAUUUCCGUGUAGUCACAAAACAUUAUUGUCAUUCCCACAAUCUAAUAUUAGCUUAUAAUUAUUUAGCUGUUUCCCAUUUUCUUUAUGCUUAAUAUAAAAUGUUUUGUUGACUUUUUCUAAGACAGUUUUUUUCUGGUAUCAUGCUGGGUACCUUGUGUUUUACCACAAAAAUACAGCAUGCUCCUGAUCAACAGGACUGCCAUAGACAUUUCAUCUCUCAAUUGGUGUACUUGCAAUCUUACAGUACAAAUAAAAGAAUCCCACUACACUUGGAUUUAC